ACGGAAUGUGGGCGUUAGUGUUUUCUCCUGUCGUCUUCAUUUGUUAUGUGUUACAUAUGCUACUGCUGUUAUACAUCUUUGCUCGAAUACAGAUAGGACUAAGUCUUUGUGAACACUGGAUCUUCUGACGCUUUUGAAAUAAGUAGACAACCACAUUGUGACCAACAUGCAAACGGACGAUAUAAUCCAGGCUGUGGGCAGCUUGGACCUGUUCCAGUUCGUGAUGAUGUCGUACGUGUUCGGAUCCCAGAUGCUGAUGGCCUGGGCCAUGCUGAUGAUGUCGUUUGCGGGCACUGCUCCGGAUUGGUGGUGUGUUCCAGAACGAGAUCCGUCUGUGAAUGGGACAUCGGUCAACUACAUGAACAAUGUCACCUCCAGCUUCUGUCCCCCCUCCGGCAACAUCACCUGUCACUUUGUCUACAGCCAGGACAGAAACACAGUUACCAACGAGUGGGAUCUUAUCUGUGAGAGAAGCCUGUUCAGGCCCCUUAUCACGUCCAUACAGAUGGGCGGGGUGCUGAUCGGGGCCUUCUUCGGUGGACAGUCCGCUGACGUCCUCGGACGGAAGUGGACUUUCUACAUCAGCCUGGUCCUCCACGCUGGUUUCAACCUGGUGGCGGCGUUCUCCACGAGCUGGCAGAUGUUUGCAGCAAUGCGUUUUCUAAUCGGGUCGAUGAUUGGCUCCUUGUUGGUGGUCCAUUAUCCAUAUUUCUUGGAGUUUCUGGGGACAAAGUGGCGACCUAUCUCCUCCGCAAGUCCAGUUUGGAUGACGGGUGUAUGUAUAUUUGCUCUGUCCAGCUGGCUGAGACCUGACUGGUCGCAUCAACACAUCAUACUGGCUGCACUUCAUGUACCGUUCUUCACAGGCUGGUUCAUAAUCCCAGAAAGUCUCCGUUGGCUGGCUGUGAAAAGACGUCUGGAGGAGGCCGAGAAGGUGGUGGAUCAGAUGAGUCGAUACAACAAAAGACCGAAACCCUCCAACACGUCACAGCUGCUGAAGGAGGUGGCGGACGAGGAGGAGAUGCAGAGAGCAUCUGGGAAGAAGUACACCUACCUGGACAUCUACAGGGAGUGGCGCAUCUGCCGGAAGUCUCUGAUCGUACAGUUUCUCUGGAUGUGUCUGUCGAUGGUGUACUAUGGGAUAUCAUUUGGAGUUGGAAAACUCUCAGGCAACUUAUAUCUGAACAUCUUUCUACUGUCAGUUGUGGAGAUCCCAGCUGCUGUGGGUACUUUCUUCAUGAACAACAAAUUGGGCCGAAGAUGGACCUCAUUCACUUUUUUUUGUCGGCGCACUGACCUGUUCAUUUGGCGUAGCCAUUACAACAAGAACAGCCUCUGUGGAGAACCAAGGAGUUAUCAUUAACGUCUUGGCGAUGGGAACCAAAGUUGCAGUUGGUGCUGCUUGGUGUAGCGUUCAGCUGCUGUCGAGUGAGAUAUACCCCACAGUCACAAGAAAUCUCGGGUAUGGAGCAUGCAACACGACGGCCCGAAUUGGCGGCAUAAUCGCGCCCUUCAUUUUUGCCAUGGAAGGUGAUGACGUCUUGGUGCCAUUCAUCAUCGUUGGCUCGACCAUGUCUCUCUGUGCAGUGUUACCUCUUCUUUUGCCGGAGACAAAGGGCCUACCCCUGCCCGACACCAUCAGUAACAACAAGCCACGUGGACUCGCCCCAGUGGCGCCCUCUGAGAAGGAAAAGACAAAGGUUCAGUCGUGAUUAAGAUAUCAGUCGACGUUUAUUCGUGAAGGCGCGGACAUGCCUACAAAGACAUAGUUACACGGAAUCUUUAUGACCACAGCACAAAGAAAUUGAUACAUUGAUCAAUAUAUUUUAUGAUGGUUAUAAUAAAAAGCUAUGAAAACCC